AAAAGGUACAAAUUCUGCAUUUCCAGUCGACGCCGGCUUGUUCAUCAAUCAAUUCAUCUACUUCGCCGUCUUACACGGUGUAAAUCAAAAAUGAUGCGUUCCAUUGACGUCUACGUCAAAACCAUAGCCCCUCCCAUCCGUUCAAUUCUCUUCUCGAUCUUUACCUCUAAGCAGAAACCGCCGUCGCUUUCGCUUCCGUUACACUUCGCUUUGCGGUCGUUUUCCGAUACUCCCUCUCGAAGUUUCUCCAAUGUCCUACCGAUCUCUAAUUCUCCGGUUUACGGGAUUGGAGCAAAUCGAAACCUCGGUUAUCACUUCACUGCGAGGGCUAUCUCUUCGUCUUCGUCGACGACUGCCUCCGUCGCUUUGGUUCAGCCGCAGCAGCAGACUGAGAAUCCAACGGUGGUUGAUGAUGAGAAUCGUGGAGGCUUAGAGGUGCAACAUUCUAUUCCUGUACGAGCUUAUUUCUUCUCCACUAGCGUUGAUUUGAGAAGCUUAAUUGAGCAUAACAAACAGAACUUCAUCCCACCUACCUCGCGUAUGACUAACUAUGCUGUUCUUAAGUUCUGCAAUCAUUCUGAUCCCACUGGCACUAAUGCUGGAUGUAUAAGUGGGAGUGAGUGUAUUUACAUGGUAGUGUAUCAGUAUGGAUCGAUUGUGUUAUUUAAUGUACGGGAACACGAGGUUGAUGAGUAUCUUAAAGUGGUGGAGAGGCAUGCUUAUGGUUUGCUUCCUGAAAUGAGAAAAGAUGAGUAUGAAGUAAGAGAGGAUCCAAAUCUGAACAAAUGGAUGGAGGGAGGACUGGAUGUUAUCAUGUUGCAGUUCUUGAAUAUUGAUGGGAUCAGAACCAUAGGCAGUGUUCUGGGGCUUAGUAUUGCUCUCGAUUACUACGAAGGGCAGGUUGAUGGUAUAGUAGCAGAAUUCACUGACAUAAACCGUCGGUUGGAGAAAACAGGAACGUUUACAAUGACUAGGAAAAAGCUGUUCCAGUUAGUUGGAAGGGCUAAUUCUAAUCUGGCUGAUGUGAUUCUGAAGCUUGGUCUGUUUGAGAGGUCAGAUAUAGCUUGGAAGGAUGCGAAAUAUGGUCAGAUAUGGGAGUAUCUCAGAGAUGAAUUUGAACUGACACAGAGAUUUGGAAACCUUGAUUAUAAGCUGAAGUUUGUAGAGCACAACAUUCGUUUCCUUCAAGAAAUACUUCAGAACAGGAAAUCAACUUUCCUGGAGUGGCUAAUCAUUAUACUGAUUAGUGCAGAGAUCGCGAUUUCUAUGUAUAACUUGGCUCACACAUCCUUGUGAUUGUCUUCUGCCAUGUCUUAAGCAUAUUCAUAUUCUUUAUUAUGGUUAGAAGUUACAACUCUUCUUCACGAUGUAAAGUGAUAACAUAUCUCAUAAACAAUAAAUGAGUUUAGGAGUUAGGAUUAAGUUUGUUACAGACUCCACCGAUCUCCCUCUGCGUUUAUGCGCCUGCUUCUUUAUUGCUU